AUGUAUCGCGGGCUGGCGAAGAUCGUUGGGAUGCGGGUGAUACCGACCGGCAUGACCUUCGACGACGAACUGGAUACGCUGGAAGAGCAUUUCGAGGAGCACGACUUCUUCUUCCUACACUAUAAGCCGGCAGAUGCGGCAGGGGAGGACGGCGACUUCAGCGCGAAAGUACGGGCAUUGGAGGCUCUUGACGCCCGUAUUGCUCGCUUGCUGGAAUUGCAGCCGGAUGCGCUCGUGGUUGCGGGCGAUCACUCUACACCCGCUAUUCUAGGCGCGCACAGCUGGCAUGCGGUGCCGCUGCUCAUUCAUUCGGCUUGGACCAAAGGCGAGGGGAUAGAGGCAUUCGCCGAGCGGGCGUGCGCGACAGGGUCGCUCGGGCGCAUUCCGGCGACGGAGGUCAUGAUGCUGGCAAUGGCUCAUGCGGAACGGCGCAGCAUAUUUGGCGAGACAGACGAGGCUGUCAAUCUGAAGGUCAAGGCGGCGCUUGGUGUGGGCAUGACUCCGAUACUGUGCAUCGGCGAGAGUCUUGAUGAGCGGAAUGGUGGAGAUGCGGAAAGUGUCGUGGAGUCGCAGGUCGAGAGCGGGGCUUGAAGGCGUCGAAGUUGGCUCAGGGGUAGUUGUUGCUUAUGAGCCGGUGUGGGCGAUCGGAACGGGGCAAUCGGCGUCGCCCGAGAUAGCGCAGGCGAUGAUGGCGCACAUCCGGGG